GUAGCUGCAGCCUACGGCUUCUUCUUCACUGCACAGGAAAUCCAUUUUUUGCUGUCCUUACCAGUGUUCGCUCUUCUCUCUAUCGCGGUAUCUGCUAUAUGUCCAUUCGAGCUUUCGAGUUAUGGAAUUUCUGGUCACCUGAUCCUCAUUCCGGACAUCCUGCUUUAGGUGGCUGAGGCUUCGAUUAUGUUUGAUUAUCCUUCGAAUUUGCUUGGCAACCUCUACGGUUGACUAUAUUUUUACAGGAAUACUUUCAAUCAUUCCUAUCGCUAAACAAACCAAGAGUAGGAUGCUUUCUUGGGAAUUCUAUCCCCGUGAUCUUUCAUCGAGAUGCGACUUCAAAUUGGAUUAUAAUAAUAGUUCAAAACCAAGUUAAGCAGAGAAAAUGAAACAACCUCGACAUCAACAAUACCUGACCCAGCCUCAAGAAGCAAAGCAUUGCAACCUAACUGCGACAACUUCACCUCUUGUGUCUAGUAUUUGUAAUUAUAAACCUAGAUGAGGUAGUGAUGUUUGGAAGAAAAAGAGCUGAAACUCAAUGAUACAGGAAAGCAAUGCUACAAAAAAUAGCUUAUAUUUUUUGGUUUCCCAUUCUCCAAGACAUCAGUUCUAUUGCUAAUUACCGAUCCUCUCCUUGUUUCCUAUGGCGUUAUUCCUGUCACUUUCUGUGUGUUGGUAUCUCUUAUUUUUCAUUUUUUCCAACUUAUUGCACCACUGCUGGUGAUGUUGAAAUGGGUGAAAGACAAUAUAGACUUAAGUUCUUGAAUUCUAUGAGAAAUCAAUGCAGGUCUAGUCAGUUUAAAAAGGUUGAAGAUGCCUUAGAUUUAUUUCAUAAAAUGGUUAGAAUGAAGCCUGUGCCACAUGAGAGGGACUUUGCGUUACUGAUUGGAGUGAUUGUGAGGAUGAAGCACUACACUACAGCAAUUUCCUUAAUUAAACAUGUGUAUUCCUUAGGAAUGAGAGCUGAUGUCUGUACACUUGGUAUUAUCAUCAAUUGUCUUUGCCAUCUGAAGCAGACAGCUUCUGGGUUCUCAGUCUUGGGGACUAUGUUCAAAGUUGGUUUGGAACCCACAGUGGUGACUUUUACCACUCUCAUUAAUGGACUUUGCUUAGAAGGCAAUGUUGUUCAAGCUAUAAGUUUGGUUGAACAUAUGGAAAAGAUUGGAUAUCGAUCUGAUAUUUACACCUAUGGAGCAAUAAUAAAUGGACUCUGCAAGAUCGGAAACACAUCUACUGCUAUUGGAUAUCUGAGGAAGAUGGAAAAAAGAAAUUGGAAACUCAAUGUUGUACUUUACAGCACAAUUGUGGAUAGCUUGUGCAAGGAUAGAUUGAUAUAUAAGGCAUUAAAUUUGUUCUCAGAAAUGACCAGCAAAGGUAUUUAUCCUAAUCAUGUCACUUACUCUUGCUUAAUUCAUGGUCUUUGUAAUUAUGAUAGAUGGAAAGAGGCUAUGACUUUAUUGAAUGAAAUGAUGGAAAAAGGAGUCAUGCCAGAUGUGCAAACUUAUAAUAUUUUAAUAGAUGUUUUUUGCAAAGAGGGAAUGGUUAUGAGGUCUAAAAGCAUAAUUGGUAUUAUGAUUCAAAUGGGUAAGAAGCCUAAUGUUGUCACCUAUAAUUCAUUGAUCGGUGGAUAUUGUAUUCAAAAGCAGCUAAAGGAGGCCAUGCAAGUAUUUGAUCUGAUGGUUGACAGGGGCUGUUUACCAAACACUGUAACUUAUAACUCUUUGAUCCAUGGAUGGUGUAAGAUUAAAAACUUGACUAAGGCUAUGCAUCUCUUCGAUGAAAUGGUGAAUAAAGGAUUUAUUCCAGAUGUUAUCACCUGGACCUCUCUUAUAGGUGGACUUUGCCAAGUGGGUAAACCGCUAUCUGCAAAAGAACUGUUUUUUAAUAUGCACAAGUAUGGCCAAGUUCCCAGUCUCCAGACUUGUGCCGUUAUUUUGGAUGGACUGUUCAAGUGCCAUUUUCCUUCUGAGGCAAUAUCAUUGUUUGGGGCAAUGGAGAAGUUGGAUUUGGAUUUUGAUAUUGUGAUCUACAAUAUUUUGCUUGAUGGAAUGUGCAAUUCUGGAAAACUGAAUGACGCAUGGGCACUCUUUUCUCGUUUGCUAGUUAAAGGGUUGCAGGUUACUUGUUGGACAUAUAAUAUAAUGAUUAAAGGUCUUUGUAAAGAAGGACUAGUAGAUGAAGCUGAAGACUUAGUGACAAGUAUGGAAGAGAAUGGAUGUGCCCCUAACGGUUAUACUUAUAAUAUUUUGGUCCAAGGAUUGCUGCAGAAAGACGAGAUCUCAAGGUCCAGGAAAUACGUUCAGAUAAUAAGAGAUAAAGGUUUUUCUGUUGAUGCUGCCACAACAGAAUUACUUAUUACUUACUUAUCUGCUGACAAAGGAGACAAUGUGUUUCAAGAAUAUUAGAAGCUUGUUUAAAUUUAAUCUCUCAAUUCAUUACAUCUUGUGUCUUCAUAUUUGACGCUUUUAAAGGUUUUCAUCCCCCUUCUUUGUAUACGAGAGAUAGUGCAAAUUGACAUUUGCUGGGGACUUACUUUAAAUGGUAAGUGUUUUUCUUAGUCUUUACUCGCACAUUUUAUUCUGAUAGAUCUUCAGAUUUUUGGAGCAGCCCGGGAUAGGCACGAAUAUAGGAACUUUAUAAAUAAUCUUCCCCUUUAAUAUUAAUGGAAUUGGGCAUCUA